AUGGAUACUAUUGAUUCUACGCUUCACUGGGGAAAGCUACGCUACCUGGCCCGAGGGGCUAAGCCAGCUCCAAGAAAAGAAGCGUAUCUGCUUCCACCACUUUCCGAGUUUGGUGAUGUUCUUACACUACCUCUCACGGAUAUGGGGCCCACUCUAGAUCUUGGAGAUGAGUCCCCAUACAAGCUUUCAAUCAAUGGUUUCACUGCUCGCCGACAUCAUUCGGCCCUGCAUACGGCUCCAUACGACCGUACAAGCUGGAACAAUGAGCAUCUGCUUCGCGAAAUUUACUUCCCGGAAGUACAGGCACUCGUUCAAAAAGUGACUGGAUGUAAAAAGGUGGUGGUAUCCGCAGCCGUGCUUCGAAGCGAAUUAUACAACGAAAGCGAUCCAGCUUCUGCUACUCAAACAAAAGAAAACGGAAAAGGCCCUGACAAAGAUCAUACCCCAGAAAUAUUUCCACCUAUUGUGGGAAAUUCGAAGACGGAUGCCAUAUGUCCUGCUCCGAAGGUGCAUCUUGAUUUUUCCCCCAAGGGCGCAAGACACCACAUUCGAAAGUACCAUCGCGAAGUUGCUUCAGCGGCCGAGCAAGUAAUCGAGAAGGAGAACCGAUUGCUUGAAUCCGGUGUGCAAUGGGAUGAUCUCAAAAACUUUUAUAGGGGGAAGGAGAACGAUGUUGGGAUACCUCGAUUCGCACUUUUCUCUAUAUGGCGGCCUCUAAAAACGGUCCAUCGUGAUCCUCUUGCUUUAGCCUCCUGUGCUUCCUUUCCUGAAUCUGAUUAUGUGCCUGAUGUCCAGUUCGAGCCCAUGGAUUCCGAUAUUCCAGCUCAUUUGUCACGAAUAGUUGAUCCCAACGCCCCUCACUUGAUCGUCCCUAACGAAGAAAACGCUCAGAAAGAGGGCCAUAGAGAAUAUCAAUCGCAUGGCUAUCUUGCUUAUGGGCCACGUGACAAGGAGCAAAAAGCGCAUGACUGGCACUUCAUUUCAGAGCAAGAGCCCUCUGACGUCUUGAUAAUUCAACUGUUUGACAACGAGAUGGAGGCGUAUUCAAGAGCGCCAAAGGAAGGGUCCAAUGAACUGUCUCAAUUGGGAGUCGGGGGAGCCAUACAUAGUGCAGUUGAGUUGGUCAGCCAGGACAGAGACUCUGAAGCUCGGGAAAGUAUCGAGGUAAGAUGUGCCGCAUUUUGGUGA